GCCUGGCAACAAUGGGAUCAGCUCAUAAUGGCUACCUUAUUUGCGGGUGGUAUAUUUCCUCGUCCAAGCUGUGGUGUCGACAAAUAAAAGGCAUUUGCAGUUUCUGAAACGUCAUCAGUGAGGCCCCUACAAUGGCAGCACCAUUGGUAGCGGCUGUUGUGCCUGCAGGCAGCUGCUGCUUUUCCGACAAUGCUUUGCUGUGAACAACAGGAACACCGAGUGUCCCUCCACCUAUGGCCUGCCCUGGUCGGUUGCCUUCUGCACAGUUCACCCCGUGACAUGGACCAACAGGCUUCCCCAGGAAGCCUUGACUUCCGUGACGUCCCCGCUCGGGAGGACCACCAUCUCAGCAGUCAGGCCCAAGAGGGUGGUGUUGAACAGCCGCACCAUUCCAGCCACCCUGUCAUCUUUCAAGUUGACCUUCAUCCAUCUUCAGGCCACCAAAACAUCGGAGUAUGGGAAGCAAGGGUGCCGGCUGCCCGGCCACCAUCCUCAAACGUUGAAGAUUGUGGGGCUGCGGGAAGUGGUGCAGCUUCGACCUUGUCUGUAGACUGGCCGUCCAAAGAAGGUGCAGGGGCGUUGCCUCUGAGUGUCUACAUGGCUUGUUUGUCUCUAGACUCCUGCCAGGUCUCCAGUCAGCGCUGCCAUCUUGAAGCCACAUGCUGCUGUGAAUCGCACAGUGCCACUGCAAAGUCAUCACCUUCUGACGUGGCCAGCCGCCGGGCAUCCACGUCUGGUCGAACUGACGGUUCCACAAGAACCUCCAGGUCACGCUGCUCCCUGGAUGAGCCUUCAAAUUACACGCUUGUUCUGAAGCCCAAAGCACUGAAGCCUUGCCCCGCGGGAGGGUCCGUCCACUCUGUGCAUUCUGCCCACUCUGCAUGUUCAGCUGGGGCUUCGUUCGACAGGCCUGAAGUUGUCAGCCGUCCCGGAAGCACACCAUCGCAAGUACUUGGCUUGAGUGAAGAGGGCCACGAACCGCUGCCGCAGAUGCCCUAUAGCAGCCCCAACAGUCCUAUUCCAUUCUUGACAGCACUAGGGGACACAGAUGUGCAUGGGAGGAAGGAGGGAAGAACCUUGUCAACGUGUAGCAACUGCCGCAGAUCACGUUCCACCACUGUUGAGUCAAAGAAACAACUCAGGAGCAAGAAGAGAAAAGAAAACUCUCGCGCUGAGCGAUGUUGCUCGGAAGAAAUUGGUACGCAUGGCACUUGUGACUGCAUUGAAGACUUGUCUGGACCCGUCGAAAAGGGCUCUUUGCGGCAUUCACUGGCCUCUUGCUUGGGUGCUAGAGGUCAGAGUGCAUCGCGGCCUGCUGAGAAAGCAUCAUCAAAGAGGCGCUUUUCAUUCACCCUGCCCAAUGCACUGCUUAACGUUUUUCGCAAGGGAUCUAGCACCUCACCAUCUGUGCGAAACAGUUCAAGUCAGACAGACCCCUAUCCAGAGGAGGUGGUUCGGUGCAGUGAGAAGGCGACCAGUCCAUAUGCGGUGCGAGCAUUGCCUCCACUUCCAGGCAAUGCUACCGUAACACUAUGUGACCAUUUUGGCAGGGCUGAUGCAGUCAGUUGUGCCUCGGAUGACUCGGACAGGAAGAGCCUCGACUAUGCAUCCAGCAUAGAGAAAGUUAAGGAUUGUGGCUGGUAUUGGGGCCCCAUCAGUGGAGAGACAGCUGAACGGCUGCUCGCACAUGAACCAGAUGGUUCGUUUGUCGUGCGUGACAGCUCCGACGAGCACUACAUCUUCAGCUUGACUUUCAAGCUCAACGGCUUUGUACGGCAUGUGCGCAUUGAGCAUGAUCAAGGCAACUUCAGCUUUGGCUGCCUGCAGAAAUUCCACAGCAACACCAUUGUAGACUUCAUUGAGAAUGCAGUAGAGCACUCGCGCAGUGGUCGUUAUCUGUUCUUCCUGCACCGGCGUCCUGUGCUGGGUCCCAUGCGUGUCCAGCUCCUGCAUCCAGUGUCUCGUUUCAAGCAAGUCCAGUCACUCCAGCACCUCUGCCGGUUCUCCAUACUGAAGAGUAUACGGCGGGACUUUGUGGAUGCGCUUCCGCUGCCAGCACGUCUCAAGGCCUACCUGAACACACCGCACUACUACUCAGAAGAGCUGGCCGACUCAGUUACCCUCAGUGGUGGAGCCCUGGCUGUCCAAUCCCAGGAGCUGCAAAGUGGUCUGCAGGAGGAGCCUUUCAGUCCAAGUUGAUAGUACAUCUUGGAAAGGCUUUUGUUCUAGUUCAUCUCUCUUUCUCUCUCCCUCUCUUCUGGGUGAGAAAUUUGUGUGUUUGCUGCAGCAUCUUCAUCAAAGGUGCUAUCAACAUGAAUUGAAAUUUGAGCUAGUCAGAGUGAAGUAGGGCAAAUUUUUUGCAUUUCUUCACUCACCAGUGUCUGCAGCAUUGGCAUGAUUCAGUUUGAGAGACCCUGAGUCACAGGGCCAUGGUGCAUUCUAUGACAGCUUAGGCACUGAUGCCUCGCUGCACUUUAAAAAAAAAACAAAAAAAACGUAUGUACAAGGCAUUCACUCCUUUUGUUUUUGCUUUCAUGUGCGUUUCAUUUUUUUUCCGGUAAUGCAUUGCCACUUGUGCAUAAGUGAAGGAGAAAGUAAUGCUUCGAGCACUUGUGUGUCUCUGUGUUGAUUGGACGACAC